AUGGACCACGUAUCUAGGGCAAUUCAGCAGCCCCGAGCGGUGGUCACUCGCCUCCAGCGUUACUGUUUCCGCCGCAAUUACCAUCUACGACCCUCCUCUUCUCGCGUUAUCCCUCCCUCCUCCCACCGCCUCGGACAACCUCGUGUUGCGGCGACCUUCAACACCUUCACUUCCAACCUCCCCAAAAUCGCCCCUUUGUAUCGGAUAGCUUUGCGCCACGCUUCGACGAUGGCGGACCCACAGUUUGCUGAGGGGACCAACCCCGAACAGGCGCGCCAGGGAUUGCAGUCGCUGCAGGAACAGGGAUGGGUCUUGGAUGAGGACGGACAGGGCGUGAAGAAGACGUACUAUUUCAAGUCGUACUUCAAGGCGGUGAGCUUUGUCAACGUGGUCGCAUCGCAGAGUUCAACCAAGAAGCACCAUCCAACCAUGACUGUGAGAAUCGGAUCGGUCGAUAUCCACUGGACUACCCACCAUCCCCGGGGCUUAAGUGAGAAGGACUUGGAAAUGGCGCAGCAUUGCGACGAGGCAGCGGAGCUGAUGGGGUCGGUGGAACAAGGGCAGGGGAAAAAACCCAAAGGCGUAGUUCAACAAUCAAUCCAGCCAGUCAGUCAAGCUAGUCUAGUCGAACUUUCAGCUGAGCAAAAUGGCUGGAAUGCGCCAGUCUCUGCCCGUCUUCGGGUCAUGCCAUCCAACCAGAUGCCGACCCGAUGUGAAGAAACGAAAAAAAACAACCAACCAACUAUCCCGACAUCUAAUCUGACAGGGAGGUCCUGUCACUCUGCAGGUAAGCAUUCCUCUCCUCCCCCGUCUCCAACCAAUGUUUGCGAUUGA